UAAUUCUUUUAUACAAUAAUGAUCAUGUUUACAGUUAUGUUCUUAUAGAAUAAUCAUGCUCAUGAAGUUGUUUUUUUUUCUUUUCAGAUACGUGACCAUUGCGUCAGCGUGUAUGGCAACGUAUCGGAGUGGCCACAUUCAGCCCAACACGAUUGCCAUGGUACCCACACACGGAUAUGUGAACUCCACGAAUUACAGCCCUGAUUCGAUCCGGUGGUUGGACUUUGUUGCUGCUUCGGAAGGCAUUGCCAUUCAACAUGCGUUGAACGGUUCCGGAGAGCACAGAAUCGCCGGAAUCUCGGUAGACGGUUUCUGCCAAGCAACUCAAACCGUCUAUCAGUUUCAGGGCUGUUUCUUCCAUGGAUGUAGUUCGUGCUAUGACGGGGAUGUCAUCCACCCCUUAAAAGGAGUUUCCAUGGCAACGUUAAGAGAAAAGACAGAAGACACCACACGAAAACUUCGAGCCCAGGGUUUCCACGUCAUAGAAAUGUGGGAGCAUGAGUUUCAACGACAGAAGGAAGAAAAUCCAAACCUCCAAGCUUUCCUGGAUCAACACCAUUUGAGGGACCGGCUCAAUCCUCGCGAGUCAUUUUUCGGAGGACGGACCAAUGCCCUCAAAUUGUUCCACGAGGGAGACGCUAAAUAUGUGGAUUUCACAUCUCUCUAUCCAUGGGUUCGUACUUUUUUAUUAUUUUAAAACCUUUUCAUGGAUGAUG